UUGAGUGUUGGACCCUUGCUCUUUCAGGGACCGGUGACCUUCGAGGAGGUGGCUGUGUAUUUCACCAGGGAACAGUGGGCUCUGCUGGACCCGAUUCAGAGAGCUCUCUACAGAGAUGUCAUGCAGGAGAACUAUGAGAAUGUGACCUCGCUGGCAGGGUUUCCUGUUCCCAAACCUGAUGUGAUCUCCCAGCUAGAACGAGGGGCAGAGCCGUGGCUCCUGGAUCUCCAGGGCUCUGAGGAAGGAGAUAUCCUGAGAGCUGCCUGUGCAGCAGGUGCUGGGAUGAUGAGUGAGAAAGAGGAGCAGAAUCCUCAGCAGGAAGAUGCUGAGCACGUGGAAGCACAUGGGGGAUUAUCGCAAGGAUCCCAAGGGAAUGUGUCCAGGCGUCAUGUGCAGGGAAAAGCCUCUGAUUGCCAGCACAGGCCAGAGAGGCAGCAGGGAAACCAGCCAGGUGAGAAACUUGGUAAAUCCAUUAAUUGUCAGGAGACUCACACAGAUCUCAAGGAAAUCACAGCCCAGCAGAGAACGCCCACAGGAGAGAGAAAAAACACAUGCACCGAGUGUGGGAAAGACUUCAGUAGCCACUCAGACCUUAUGAAACAUGAGCGAAUCCACACUGGAGAGAGGCCCUAUGGAUGCGGGGUGUGCGGGAAAACCUUCAGCCAGAGCUCCCACCUUGUUCGGCAUCACAGGAUCCACUCAGGGGAGAGACCCCAUGAGUGCGGCAAGUGCGGGAAACACUUCACUCUGAGCUCCGCUCUGAUUAGACACCAGAGGAUCCACACGGGAGAGCGACCCUAUGAGUGCAGUGAGUGCGGGAAAACCUUCACUGACAGCUCUGCCCUUAUUAAUCACCAGAGGACCCACACGGGAGAGCGACCCUAUACAUGUUGUGAGUGCGGGAAACAGUUCACUCGGAGCUCAGGGCUUAUUAUACAUCAGAGGAUCCACACAGGAGAGAGGCCCUAUGAGUGCUGCAAGUGCGGGAAAAGCUUCACUGUCAACUCAGACCUAAUUAAUCAUCAGAGGAUCCACACAGGAGAGAGGCCCCAUGAAUGCUGCGAGUGCGGGAAAAGCUUCACUCAGAGCUCGGCCCUUAUUAGACAUCAGAGGAUCCACACAGGGGAGCGACCGUAUAAAUGUUGUGAGUGCGGGAAAAGCUUCACUGUCAAGUCAGAUCUUAUUGGACAUCAGAGAAUCCACACGGGAAAGAUCCCCUAUAAAUGCUCUGAGUGCGGGAAAACUUUCACGCAGAGCUCAGCCCUUAUUACGCAUCAGAGGAUCCACACAGGAGAGAGACCCUAUGAAUGCCGUGAAUGCGGGAAAAAAUUCACUGUCAAGUCAGACCUUAAUAGACAUCAGAGGGUCCACACGGGAGAGCGUCCCUAUGAGUGCUCUGAGUGCGGGAAACAGUUCAGUCAGAAAUCAAACCUUAGAGCACAUCAGACAAGCCACACAGGAGAGACACCUUAUCAGUGUUGUGAGUGCGGGAAAGGCUUCAGUGUGAGCUCAGCCCUUAUAAUACAUCAGAGAAUUCACACGGGAGAGAGACCCUAUCGAUGCUCAGUGUGCGGGAAAAGUUUCAUCCGCAGCUCACACCUGAAUAGACAUCAGAGUCUCCACUGGAGAGAGAGACAGCAUCAAAACUUUGUGUAGGGCAGAGAAAAGAUCAUUUUUAAAACACAUUUGCUAAUUCCCACACAGUGACCUUUUGGUUUGUUUGCACUGUUUGUGUCACCCUGUUCUCUCAGCUCCCUCAUGUGAGUUGCCCACUUUUGCCUUUUUGCAGGUCGCCUUCUCUGGGGUGAAUCCCAUGGUCCUUUCUACCAACUCCCUUCUCCAGUGAGUCUUGGGAGUGUGUGUCCCUCCUGCCAGGAGUUUCCAUCAGCCCGAGGUGGGGGAAAUAGGGGUGAACUCAAGUAGUUAAACUGAGCUAAAAUUGAUCUGGGCUUUGUCUCCUCCAGGAUUUUCCAGCCUAAUGUAAGCGCACCACUAUAUGUGCAGUGCUGACAUAGCCCAGGCACAGGGGUUGGGGUUAGCUAUCACCUUCCCUUUGACCUGUCCUAAUCAACAACAAUUUUCCUGGUCUGGACGAGCCCUGAGCAUCUCAUUUGUACUGUCACUGCACUAGCAGGGCGAUUGUUAGUCACCAAGUUCCCCCUUUUGGCAACAGAUUGUCUCAUCCCCUGUUGUUCUCACGCUAGUCCACGUUGUGCUGGGCAGCAGGUUGUUUUCUUUUUACCACUUUCCUUAUUGAAAAUCUAUUUCAAUAUAACCAAGAGGAGGAGAAGGAGUGGGACAAAUGUAUCAUUUCAGCCUCUGCUACACCAGAAGGAAAUGGGGUGAGUCGGCGUGAUUCCCUCCUUCCCCAUCACCGUCACUAGGCCCGCUCACUCCAGCAGCACUGGUGUCUGUCUGAGCCACAGUGGAGUUUAUCCACCUGUAUUCUACCCUUCCACCUCCCAAACAUCAUAAUAGCAAUUUGAUCCUAAAUCCAACUCGUUAGGGCUGGAGAUGAAGGUGUCCCAGACCUGGUUGGGGAAUUCCAAUGAAUCCCAACUGUGAUCAUUCCCAGUUUAAAUCCCAGUUCCUGUCUAUUGACAGAACCACUUCUGGUCUUUUCCCUGCUGAGCUGGGCUCGUUUGCAGAUGAGAAGGUUGGCAGUUUUUCCCUAUUACAAUGUUGUUUUUUUCAGGGCCAGCUCUAUGUACCAGCAAAACAAGCAGGUGCUUGGGGCGGCACAUUUGCAGGGAGCGGCAUUCCGGCCAUCCUUUUUUUUUUUUUUUUUUUUAAACUCACUUCCUCCCUUCUCGCAACACUGCAGAAGCGGAGAACCCACAGGACCCUGGGAGCUGUAGUUCCUUGCCUAGCUCCCUGCCUAUAGAGCCAGCCCUGGAGCAGGGAAAGAACUACAUUUCCCAGCAUUCCCUUGGCAGCUAUCAACAGGAAAGGGAG